AUGCUGUCAGGACCGCAAGCUUUGAAAACAAACUGGACGCUGCUCUGUCAUUCAGAUCUGGACACAAUGAAAGCUACAAAGUUAUUUUUUGUGGUUGUAUGCGGUGUGAGUAUGACAAUAUGGCUAUUUCUCUUUCUGGGAUUAGCAGGGCAAGAUGUGUUGCCGAUGGUGGAUGAAGUUGAGAAGGUCUCUUCCUCUAUCUUUUCUCUCCAAAGACAAGUUCAACAGGAAAAGGAAGAAGUGCGUCGUUUAAAAGACGUGCUUAGCCAACUGACCGCAGAAAAGCUUCCUGAAAAGGAUCUUGUGCAGCAGAAAACGGACAGGCGGCCUUGGUCAGAACCGAUCCCUGUGGUGGUAUUUGUCUGCAAUCGUCCGGCUGCGGUGUCAGGACUCGUUCGAAGGCUACUAUCUCUGCGUCCAUCUGAAUACUUGUUUCCUAUCAUUGUGAGUCAGGACUGUGAUAACAUCCCUGUUCAGCGGUCUGUUGCAGAAUUCCGUGAGCAGAUAUCUUAUAUCAAGCACAAAAGCGCUCAGCAGGAUAACGUCGUCGUUCCAAAACAACACAAAAAAUUUGCGGCUUAUUAUUACAUUGCUCGUCACUACAAGCUUGCGCUGACUCAGAUCUUCGAUGUCCAGAAUUACAGCACCGUUAUUCUCCUUGAAGACGAUCUCGAUGUCGCUGACGACUUUUUCGAAUACUUUUCGGCAACUCGAUACCUGUUGGAUAAAGAUUCCAUGUUAUGGUGUGUUUCCGCCUGGAAUGAUAAUGGAAAGAGCCAUGUCAUUGAUACGCGAGCAAAUACUCUUCUCUAUCGCAGUGAUUUUUUCCCCGGAUUAGGAUGGAUGAUGACCAGAAAGAUCUGGAAUGAGUUGAGUCCGAAAUGGCCUGCAGGAUUCUGGGAUGACUGGAUGAGAGAACCCGAGAAUAGAAAAGGACGCCAUUGCAUUAGACCGGAAAUUAGUCGCACGAAGAUGACUGCACUUGGAAAGAAGGGCGCUAGCAAAGGCCAGUUCUUCGACAAACACGUCGCGAAAGUCAUUCUAAACAAAGCUCCCGUCACGUUUACUCUUAUGAAUCUGGACUAUCUUCUUAAUCCGACUUAUGAUCUCGAGUUUGACCGAAUGGUGAAUAACAGUCCUCUCGUUGACAUCAGCGAAGUGAAUGCUACUUUAGCCAAGAAAGAGUAUAAAAGUUUGAGGAUAGAAUACACGGGAAACAUAGACUUCAUUAUCAAAGCCGAUCGUCUACAUGUCAUGCAUGAUUUUAAGGCUGGAGUACCCCGCACCGCUUACAAAGGUGUUGUUACAUGCUUUACAAAUGGAGUUCGAUUAUUUCUGGUUCCUGACAGAAGAUACGUCAAGGAUUAUGAUAAACAAUGGGUGGUACCAAAAAAGUUUGGCGAUUAAGUUUAGAUUUCUAUCACCACCUUCAAUUAGGUUUUUUGUCUCGGGUAUAUGAAGAUCUGCACCACAGUAUUUAGCUGUCUCACUAGCUAAUAACUUAUCUGUUAGUGAUGGAUUUCACUGCCUGUAUCUGGUGAUCGCCCCAGAAGCUUGCUCAGCAAGACUUUACGGUAAUAUAUUUUAGACCUAAUUUCAUUUGUAUUAGAAGGAUGACCUAAUAUGUUGUAUCCUUUAUCAAAAUCAUUUCGGGCGUAUUUGUCUAUUUUUUUCGAUGUUGCCGAACUCAUUCCUCCUGUGAUAUUCACAAAUUCUUGAUCAUCUUUUAUCAUCCUUGCCAGGCGCUUCUCAGCGGUACACGUGUGCCUUUCUCUAGUCAUUCAACUUGUAUUUAGAACUUUUUGUUGUAUUCUGGGUAUUGAAUGAAUUUGCU